GGCUGCAUGAGGAGACGGCUCCGCGCGCCGCCACCCGUCCCGGCCAUGUCGGAGCGGCUCGGCAAACCCACCUGUCUCCUCGUCGCCAGCGCUGCCGCCGCGGGGGUGUCAGCCCAGUCCUUCCUGCAGUGCUUCACGCUGAGCAGCUCUGCCUUCAACCUGCAAGUCGCCACUCCCGGGGGGAAGUCGAUUGAUUUUGUGGAUGUGAAUGAGAGCAACAUGCGCUGGAUACAGGACUUCCGUAUGAAGUCAUAUGCAAACCCUGCCAAGCUGGAGUCAAUUGAUGGUGCUAGAUACCACGCACUGCUGAUUCCAAACUGCCCAGGGGCUAUGACUGACCUUGCAAACAGUGGGUACCUGGCAAAGAUACUGCAGCACUUCUGCACGGAGAACAAGCCUGUCUGUGCAGUUGGACAUGGUGUUGCAGCUUUGUGUUGUGCCACCAAUGAGGAUAAAACCUGGGUAUUUCAGGGAUACAGCCUGACAGGGCCCUCUGUGUAUGAACUAAUAAGGCAGCCUAAUUUUGCCAGUUUGCCCAUUAUUGUGGAAGACUUUGUGAAAGAUUCUGGAGCUACGUUUAGCGCCAGCAAACCAGAUGCUGUACACGUUGUGCUGGACAGACACUUGGUGACAGGACAGAAUGAGAAUUCCACCCUUCCAGCAGUCCAGAAUCUUCUUAUUCUUUGCAAUGUCAGCAGGAAAUAAAGGAGAAGGUCUCUUUGCAAAUAGGACGGAUGAAGAGCCAGCAGGCUAAGGACUCUCUUGUCUUUUAACUGGAUAAAACGUGUUUAAAUUUCUGUCCUGGACUAUGAAGUGACUGUGGUGUUGAAGAGGCAGUAUUAGGUUCUCCGUAUACAGAAUGGAAGAAGGUUGCAAGUAAGAGAAUUUGGAAGUGCAUCAUGCUUUAGAAGCAAUUAUGAAACCACCUUGUAUUUGUUACUACAUCUUCACUGCUUCUCUCCAGACCCUUGGCUUACGGUGGUGAGGAACUCUCCUGUUUAAAACAAACAACAACAGAAAAUCAGUGGCUAUGAAUGUUGUUUACUGAGGAUGAAGACAGUGUUCUUGGCUGACGUUAUACCAAUCAUCUGUCACUUGUAGUUCAAAUAUAAGGAUCUCCACGUUGAUGUGUCCUUUCAGAGGUGUUCUUACUUUUCUUUUGGUAGAUCACAAAGUUACUGCCUGAAUUCAGAAUGUAUCAGAAUGUCACAGACACUUAAAUAUACUUGGGAUGGAAAAUGCUUAGCAGUGUGAAAUAAAGCAGAAUCGGUUGUCUGAA